AUGCAUCAGUCAAAGAAGACCUUGUGUUCCGUGCCCGACCACUGGAUAGUGGAUGCUCGCUGCUUUAUGUAUGCCUUCCACCUCCACCCCGCGAAUGCCUAUCUGUGCUAUCUAACGGACUUGGGGUCAGUGUGGGCCGAGACAGCCUCACGAGACGACGUUGCCGAGCGGGCUCGGGCGUUAGGCCUCCUGAGGGUGGACUCCGACACUUUGGGUGUUUUGGAACUGGAAAUCCAGGCUGCUUUUGACGAUAAGCUGGUUCAUAUAAAACAGCUGGGUGACCUCUACAUCGUCUCGGUGGACCUACCGAACCUCACCUGGAAAAUGCGGUUGCAAAAAAUGGAUCCGCCCCACGCAGCAUCAUUCCUAGCUUCUCUCAACAUCUCUCAGUUUGCCAACCAUAGUUAUCUCGCAUACAAGGUGUCCCAGCUUGAGAAAGCCUUGCGGGCCAAGGAUAAGUACACCUUGUACUUGGAGGAGAACUAUAAAACAGUCAAUGGCACGGUACUCAUGGACAAGUACAGGCGACAAAACGCUGAUGAUGCUCCAUUUCUCCAGCCCUACUCCCGCGGUAUCUUCGAUGGAAGGGUACGAGAGCUGUACGGGCUGUUGGGCCGGAAGUUGGAAGCAGAUCCCGGCUCUAGAGACUCGCUCAUAUGGAACUUGAUUGACUCCGUAACGCAGGACGUGCAGACUUGGAAAGCUGGCCAAUGGAUACAGCUGUCGGACACGGCUGCUGUGAAAACAGAGCAGGAUACCAUGAUUGGCGAACCCACAAAAGUCAAGACAGAGGAGAGACUGGUAGAUCUCAAAAAUGAAAGUCCCUCGCCAAAGGUCGAGUCCCCAAGUAAAAGGCGUCGUGUUGGUAUUUUAGGACUCGCCUGGGAAACGUAA